ACCAAGAUAUGGAUUUUUUUCUACGCAUUUUUGAAUUCUUCGUGAACAGGCAACAGACCGAAGAAAUAAUUGACCAAAGACUAGAUAUUUUGGAGCAGAGAGAUACCAACAACGUAGAAGGAUUGGCUCCGGAAGAUGUUGAAGAUCCAAACGACUCCGGAUGUGAAGAUAAUGUCGCAUCUGACACCCAUACGGCGAUUAGGGCAAAGUAUAUUGGUGUAACAGAGUAUCAAGAAGCCCUAGAAUCCGGAGUGUUUUGUGUCUUCAAACAUUAUGUGCGAGUCACGAUAUCUACUAACGUGGUGGGUACUUUUCGUCAGUUGGCACUGUGUGGAGAGUGUUAUUAUAGACACCAACUCAUGGUUCCAUAUGGUUCCCAUGAGCAUAUGUCUUCGCAUUUCUCCACAAAACUGUUACCUGAAGAAAUUAAUAAAAUGAAACGUGGUGGAAAAUGUGCAGUGUGUAACACUAAUUUAUAUAUUAUAAUGCAUCCUACAUGUUGCUAUAUUUGCAAUGGGAAGAAUUUUUCAGUGGAAAUGUAGUAAUAUAUAGGAUGCAUUAUUUUAUUUAUUUUUGA